GAGGCUGGCGCGGCGCAGCGGCAGUUGCGUGCUGAGACCGCGGCCCGCCGGUCACACGCCGUUCACAGUUCGUCAGUUCGUGCAGCGAACGCUCCCGUGUGUGUAGUAUUUACCUAUUUACGUUCCGUGUAUUGUGUUGGAUUUGACAUGCUGAUUUCCGGGUGAUGGUACGGUUCGGUUGUGAUUUGAGUUGAGUUUUUCACGGAUAUUGUGUUGUGAGAUUGGUGUGUUUUUAAAUUAUAUCGGCAGGUAGAGGAAAUGUGGCACACGUCGCCCGGACCGCCCCACACAGCGAGCCAGCGCUGAGGCAGCAGCGGCGCGCGGGGAUGCGGGCGCCGCGCGGGGCGGUGUGACAGCGCCACCGGCCGAGCCACGGAUGCGGGGCAGCGUGUAUAGCGUCAGCUCAGGCGUGGAGGGCUGGGGCGGCGCGCGGUAGCGGCGCGGCGGGUGCGCGUGCCAUGCGCGGCGGCUGAUGGAGCCCGGGUGGUGGUCGCCGGAGCCGCCGCCCUCGCCGCCGCCGCCCGCCGCGCCCCGCUGCCGCUGCUGCCGGCCCUACUCCACCAGCUAUACGUGUCUGCCGCACUAUGACGGCUGGCCCGACGUCGACGAGGAAUCAACCGGGGGCGCGCUGCGCGAGCGCGAGCUGCGCUCCCUGCACCGCACCGUGCCCGCCCUGCGCCGCCGCGAGCUGGACACGCGAGCCAUCAAGCACCACUUCUACCCCGAGGGGGGCUGGGGGUGGAUCGUCUGCGGGGCCGCAUUCCUGGCGCACCUGCUGUCCACGGGGCUGCAGCUCGCGUACGGCGCGCUACACGUCUACGCGUUGCGCCAUCUAGGACCCUCCGCCGACCAAGCAGUCCUAAUCCUGUACACAGUGUGGGCGGGCGCGCUGUGCCUGGGCGUGUCCCGGGCGGCGGGCGCGAUGGUGGCGGCGCGGCGGCGGGCGCCCCGCCUGGCGGCGCUGGUCGGCGGGCUGCUGCUGCCGCUCGCCUGCCUCUUCACAUCGUUCGCGACUCAGCUGCAUCAGACGCUGCUUAGCUAUGGCGUGGUGCUCGGCAUCGGGUGCGGGCUGGUGCGCGAGGCGGCGGGGCUGGUGCUGGGCGCGUACUUCCGCCGCCGCCGCCAGUUCGUGGAGCUGGUGGCGCACGCCGGCGGCGGCGUCGGCAUCGCGCUCUUCAGCGUCGCUUAUAAGGAGGCUCUGGGUAAACUGGGCUGGCGGCUGGGGCUGCAGGCGAUAACGGGGGUGCUUCUGAUGGCAUUUUUCCUCAGCGCCGCUUAUCGAAGCGCAUCCCUCUACCAUCCGCAGCGCCGAGCAAUCUUGCAUCUUAAAAACCAACGGAGAAAGGUCAAAGAGAAGAAGGGGAUGAAACGGCCUCCGCUGAUCGACCUGAGCGCGCUACGGUCGCGGCCGGCGAGGGUUCUGCUGCUGGCCUCGGGGUUGGCCGCCUUCGGGCUUUACACACCCGUGUUUUAUCUGGCAUUACAAGGCUUCGAGGAGGGUCUGGAGGAGAGCGCGCUGGUGCUGCUGCAGACGUUCCUGGGGUUCGCGGCGGUGCUGGGCUGCGCGGGGUUCGGCCUCGUGCUGGUGCGGCCCUCCGCGCAGUGCCUCGUCUCCAAGCAGUACUUGUGCCAGACCGCCAUGAUCGGCAUCGGAAUAUCAAUGCUGGCGCUAAGUAGCGUGGAGGGCUAUCACGGCUACGUGCUCUUCACGUGGAUGUAUGGACUAUGUUUAGGAGGCUACCUGUAUACUAUUAAGAUGUUGACCAUGGAACGGGUGCGUGGAAGACACUUUGCCAAAGUUUGGGGGUUCGUGCAAGGCGCGGAGGCGUUGCCCGUGAUAGUGGGGGUGCCGGUGACGGGCUACAUCAACCAGCAGGUGCCGCGCGCCGGGUUCUACUUCUCGACGGUGGCGACGCUGGCCGGCGCCAUGAUGUUGUUCUUCGUGGGGUACUCCAAGCGCGAGGCUGACCCGCCGCCCGCGCCGGCGCCGGCCGUGGUGGAGGCGUGCCCGUGCGUGUCGCCGCCGGCGCGCUGCGAGCCCGCGUGGUGCGCGUGCGGCGCGGGCGGGGCGGCGGCGUACUGCGCGUGGCCCGGCUCCUGCGGGACCAGGACGCUGCCCCGGUCCAUGUCGUACGCAGCGCCGCUGGACCGCUGCUGCUCUGCGGCGGCUCAGUACCCCGAGUGCUGCCGGCGCGGGCUGCGGCCGUCGCGCAGCGUGCCCGAGGGGCUGGCGCGCCCCGGCUGGGUCCGCGCCGCCGCCGCCGCCUGCCCGCGCUGCCGCCGCCGCGAGCACCACCUCAUCGAGCAGAUCACCACCUCCGUGUGAUCACAAGACUAACAAAGUGACAGUUUUGUGUUCAACUGUAAAAUAUAUUUUAGUGUUACUGUAAUAACUGUGUACUAUAAGUAAGUAUAUGAAAAUAAUCAACGGCUACAGUGGUGUUUCAUAA